UUGAGCACUUGCAUCGUCCUCUUCACUGCAGCGCUAUGGCGAUUCGUGACGGUCUACUGGUGGCGCCCCAGGGUGAUCGCGGCGCAGCUGAAGAAGGAGGGCAUUCAGGGGCCUCCACCCCGAUUCAUGGUAGGCCAAAUAGCUGAAAUCCAGAACAUGAGGAGCGCCAUUAAGGAUCACGACAUGGAAAGUUUCAGCCACGACAUCUUCCAUCGGGUACAUCCUGCGUUGCUCAAAUGGCGGAAGCAAUAUGGGAAGAGAUUUGUGUCUGGUGGGGAACUGAACCAAGGAAAUCGGUCUCGGAGCCUGAGAUCGUAAGGGAAGUUUUGUCUAAGAAGUUUUCUCAGUUUGAUAAAUCGGAGGCCGGGCUGCGGUUCGCGAACUUGUUCCUUGGUCGUGGAUUGGUUUCUGUUACUGGAGAGGAAUGGAGUCAUCACCGCCGACUCGUAGCACCGGCAUUCUUUCAUGAACGUAUUAAAGUACAAUCGCAGGGUGUGCAUCUCGCAUGCUUGAUCAAUGGGAAGCUACGAGGCAGCAGAAUCCCGAGAUUGAAAUCUCUGGAGAGGUGCGUAAGCUCACAGGAGACGUUAUCUCCCAUACAGCAUUUGGAACUAGCUAUCUCAAAGGGCAGAGGGUUUUCGAGAUAUUGUCUAAGAAAAUCCCAGAGCUACUGCCCAAGCUCAUCAGCUUUUCCUGGAUUGCAGGCUUCAGGUUUCUCCCUCUUCCAAUCAACCUCCGACUGUGGAAACUUCAUCAGUGGAUUCUCUGAUCACUAGGAUCAUAGACGAGCGUCGGAACUCAAUGAAGUCAGGGGGGAGCAAUACAUACGGGAAUGACUUACUUGGACUGAUGCUAAAGGAGUGUGACAGCAGCAGCAAUUUCACAAGCAGGGAUCUGAUAGAGGAAUACAAGACGUUCUACAUUGCGGGCCAUGAGACCACAGCCAUCUUACUAACCUGGGCUUUGAUGCUACUGGGAGGCUAUCUUGAAUGGCAAGAAUGUGUUCGUGCUGAGGGGGUAGAAUGCACAAUAUAGCACCCCCUCUUAUUUAGGGUGGGCCUCAUUUGCUUAUUUAGAUUACCUUAUUGCUUA